GAAUUGAGAGGUCAAUAGAGAGAGAAAGCGAAAGCAAACCGAGAGAGAGAGGGAGGGAGGGAGGCGAGAAAUAGCGAUCGAAAUCGAGAGGACGGCGAGAGAGCUCAUCUUCGAGGCCGCAAACGAAGCUAGGGUUGUCUUUGGAUAGCAAUCCGUGUAGAAACCAGCUCCAAAACGACGUAUUUCAUCCAAUUUGGCUGCAAAUUGGAAGCUUUUGCACCAUCAGCAGCGGAAAGAUCCAAGCUACAUUGGUUUUCGAUUGCUGUUGCUGUGGGUUUGUUGUUUGAUUUCGUUUUUUUUAUGGAUCGAUUCGUUUCGACGUAUCUCAUCAUUGAGUUGCGUAAAGCAGCAGGAGGAGAACGAAGUAGGAAAGGCUUGAUUGGGAAUGAGCUGGCAAUAUUAUAUUGUAUCGUUGUUUGUUUGUGAAAGCUAAAUGGAGAUAGCCUGGUGUUCAUUUAGAGAGAUUAGGAUAAAUCCAAAAAUGGGAACCCCUUUUUCCUGAAAAAUCUCUUACAUACAUAGCAAGUAUCUACUCAAAUAAAGAUGAGUUUGUCUAUAAAAGGGAUUUCACCUAACAAGGACACAAAGUCAACCCAGUCUAACAAAGUUACCUCCUUAAAUCCUAAUGCAGCAGAAUUUGUUCCGUCAUCCCGCAGAUAUAGUUUCGGAAAUGCCAAUCGUGCAGAUUCGACCAGAUUGGACAUCACGGGAACUUCUAGAAAAGCAGUUCUAGAUCGUGCUGAAUCCGCCAUAUCAAAUAACUCCGAUGAGGAAGCACACCAGUUUUGGCGCCACCAGCUUCCUGAUGAUAUUACCCCUGAUUUCAAGGCUAUGGGAGAAAAUGAGUCACAGGAAACUGGACAUCUAUCACUUUGUGGGUUAUCAAUACAUGAUGGUGGUGAAAUUCCAAGAUUUUCUGCUUUGACUGGUAGUCAGAUAUUGGAUACCAACCAUGAUAACAGUGAUGCAUUGGGGUUGGCUGAAGAUGUGAGGUAUUCGGGUUCUACCUUUGGCGGUGAUCAUUCAGUGGGUAUUUUUGGGCCUUCGGCUACCAAUACCUGGGAUAAACUGUUUGUGAAUAGAGAUCAGUACUUUAAUGACCAAAGGGAAGAUCCUAAUUCCAGUUUUUUAACUGAUUUGGUUGACCAAGCUACUUUCCAGGAUGCUACCAUCAAUGCUGUUGAAUUUUUGGCCUCACAAUUUCCUGGUUUUUCUGCUGAAAGCCUUGCGGAAGUGUAUUAUGCAAAUGAUUAUGAUCUGGACUCAACAAUCGAGACUCUUACUCAACUUGAGCUUCAGGUUGAUGGAUCUCACUCUCAGAACUUGAACUCAAAGGCCUCCAUAUCUCCAAACCUCAGCCAGCAGGACUUCCCAGCACUUCCUCUGGCCAAAGCUCAGAAUGGAUUUUCAAAACUAAAUGCAGAUGAUAUUGGACGAACUCCGCGUCCCUAUACAUCUUCUAAUGUAUUUGGAGGUGCUACAGAUUAUGCUUCAACUGUGCGGAAGCUUCCAUCACAGGAGUCUGGCCCCUGGAAGUAUGGCAGAAAUGUCUUUGCAGAUGUCCGAAUUGGUUCGAGCAGAAUGCCACAACUCAUAGCCAACUCUCAGACUGGUCAUGAGAAAAAGGUUUACGGAGAUAAAGUGCAUAGUGCUCAUGCAGCUCAGGUGGCUCCAGUUUGGCUUGAGACCGGAGAAGCCGUGGCAAAUAUGUAUUCAGAAUCAAGGGAGGAGGCUCGUGAUUUUGCUCGUCUUCAAAACACCUGUUUUGAUCAAGCGCGUGAAGCUUAUCUGAUUGGUAACAAAGCUCUAGCAAAGGAACUUAGUGUUAAGGGCCAAUUGUACAGUAUUCAGAUGAAAACUGCUCAUGUGAAAGCUCGAGAAGCUAUUUAUCAUCAGAGGAAUCCAGUAUCUUCUGAGAACCAGAGUUAUGGUAAAGGACAAGAACAUCUGAUUGAUCUGCAUGGUCUCCAUGUAAAUGAUGCCCUUCAUGUUUUGAAGCACGAACUCGAAGCCCUAAGGACAGUCACAAGGUCCACCGGACAGCGCUUGCAAGUCAUGAUCUGUGUUACAAGAGGUUCAUGGACACCGACACGCUUGCCAGGGGCUGUAGAGCAUUACCUGCUGGAAGAAAACCUUCACUAUAGUCAACCUCAGCCGGGUCUGCUCCAUGUUGUUAUAUAUUGACAACCUUGUAAGAACCAUGUGCUCAGAAAAAAAAAAAAAAGGAAAAUCACAAUCAAAUUCAUGUAUGUGUAAAUGAGAGGAAGAGGGAGGGAGAUAGAGAAGCAGCUAUAAAAUUCAGACAGCCAAGAGUUGUAUAAUAUAAUCAUGACUUUUUUAGGUUUAAUUGUAGGUAGAAUUCCACUGUUUCAGGGAAGCUUGCUUCCUGCCGCCAGAUAGAUUCUCUCUUGAUGAACAGGUUUCGUGUUGCGUUUGCCGGGAUUUUGAUUGAACUUGAGAUUUAAAAA